UCUUCCUUGUUUCAUUCGUGUGCUUAAAAACCAUUACUUAGGUUCUGAGAUGCCGCCAUGGCGAUGGCGAUGACGAGCUUAGAAUCGCCGGCACGGGAAGAUCAGGCUCUCGAUCGGCGUAUUUCUGGCAGAUCUUCGGCAAGGAGAGGUCGAAAUAUCGCCAGCAUUAAGAAAUCCAUGCCCUGGCGAGCGAGGCAGAGCCAGCAUUCUUGGCAAGGCACAAGAUUUCGAUAGAUUUUGGAACAGGGCAGCAAUGGCAUCGCGCUCCAGCGAUGGAGCUCUCAUCGCGGCUCUUCUUCUAGCGUUCCUGGCAAUGGCGAUCUCACAGUCAGUUCCCGCUCCAGUUAAGGCUCCCAAGGCAAAUCCACCAAAAGGAAGUACUGCUCCAGUGGCUCCAGCUCCAAAAGCCGCUGCUACAGCUCCGACAAAGGCCCCAGCUCCGACUGCUACGAACGCCAGCGCUCCUCCGCCACUCAUGGCCACUUCACCAAAAGGAGCACCGGUUCCAUCCGCUGGUCCAGCUCCAGUCUCUUCUCCCGCGAUGGCUCCAAAACCAUCGACCGGCCUCAGCAAUGGCACGCUGGAUCCAUCGCAGGUCGCGGCUUUGCAAGCUCUCAAGGUGCCAGUGCCAUCCAAUCCAUGCGCCGGCUCACACUCGACGAUGAUCUGCGACGAAGGAUCCCCGGUCAGGCGCUUGAUCUUUCUCCAGCUCCAGUACUGCCCAGUGGACGCGUUGCUCAGCGAAGAAGCUCUCAAGAACCUCACGGGCUUGCAAGCGCUCUCCUUCUUCGACUGCCCGAUGAAGCCGUCGGCGUCCCUCCCUCCCGACAUGGCGAAUUCCCUCACGUCCUUUAGCUGCGUGUCGAGCCUGGGAAGAACUUCUGGAUUCGAGGAGAUGGCGGGGCUCUCGGGUGUCUGGCUCGGCAAGCUACACAAGGUGGAGGAUCUCACCGUCAUGGACGUGCUUGUAAACGCUUCCAGCUUGUCCGUGAUCGUCGCCAACAUGACGCGGCUCCGCGAGCUCAAGAUAUCCAAUUCCAGCUUGAAGGGCGAGCUCCCAAAGACAUGGCCAGCGAAGAACCUCACGUCCAUCGACCUCUCCCUCAACGCCAUCCAGGGUCCGCUCCCGUCGCUCCUGGGCGAGCUCGAGCAGCUCCAGAGCUUGGAGCUCACAGGCAACAACUUAACCGGGCACUUGCCGGAUUCACUCGGGAAGCUCCGGAGCUUGCAGAGACUGUCGCUCAGCUCCAAUGCACUAACCGGUGCCAUCCCCGGCGCCGCCAUCGAGAACAUGACGACGCUCACGUACCUGGAUCUCAGCAACAACGCUCUCAACGGCAGCGUCCCGGCUUCCAUCACCAAGCUGCGAGACCUCCGCUACCUCGACCUCCGCAACAACAAGCUGCGAGGUAUCCUCCCUUUCAAUUCCUCGUUUCUAAGCCGGCUCAACAGCUUCAAGGCCAGCGGGAAUCCAUCGCUGUGCUACAACAGCUCCAUAGUCACGUCCACCCGGCUGGUGGUGGGCGUCCCGGCUUGCGACGAUGCGGGCAAGCCGAUCACGUCGGGUGGCGAGGGCCCGGCACUGUCGCCAGGCGAAGAACUGGCGCCCACGGCCGAGCCGGAUGCGCAAAACUCGCAGAGCCGGCGGGGCAAGCGCCAUGGUCCCAAGACGAUCGUGUGGGCCGUCGCGACUGCGCUGGGGGCAAUCUUCCUCUUCAUCGCGCUCAUCGUCGUCUUCUCCAAAUGGUGCCGCUGGAAAGAUGCUUAAAUGGCCGAGAUUUUUCAUCCGGGCCGUUGGUACGUGGAUAGCCAACGGCCGAGAUUGAUGCAUGAUAGUAGGGUUUUGGGAAAAGGUUGGCAAUUUGUAAUAUGACCUAGCACCAAUAAAGUAUGCCGUUUUAUUC